AGCAGCAGCAGCAAGAACAAACCACAGAUGCCAGUGGUGUCGAUAAGAGCCGUUCAUCGCACAUCACUAUCGACAUCGAUGUGAAACGAAACGGUAUUACCGAUCAAAAUGACAGUUCAAUUACAACACUGACGAACGGAGCCACAAAACAACAAGACGAUAGACAACAACAACACCAUCAAUACCAACACCAACACAGCAACGAUCGUAUGAAUAGCACAAACACAACAGAUACGCAAAACAAUCUCUCCGGACAUUCAUCGCAAUCACAAUCACAGCGCUCUUCAGUUCUUUGUCGAGUCGUGUUAGCGACGGUUGGUGUUGGUCUUUUAGCCGCGAUUGUAACGCUUAUUUGGUACUACAUGGGUUGGACAUUUGGUUUACCCGCUCUCCUCAUCGCUCUGCUGGUGAUCUUGCUAACGAAACCAGGUUGGCGAUGGUUUUAUAUAGCCGGUGCAACAGCUAAACGAGAUAUAAUUGCCCUCUUUGCCUACGUCAAGUUAUUGACACUGAUUAAGAAAUAUGAAAAGAAAAAUUUCACUAUCGCCGAUAUAUUCCAAAUGAACGUGGCCAAUUCCCCCGACAAGGUUGCCAUUGUGAGUGAAACACAAUCAUGGACUUUCCGUCAAUUGAAUGAAUUCUCCAAUCGUGUAGCCAAUGUUCUACAUGGACAUGGCUACAAAAAGGGUGAUGUAGUCGGAUUGCUAUUGGAAAAUCGUCCAGAAUUUGUUGGCACCUGGUUGGGUCUGUCGAAAAUUGGCGUCAUUACCCCGCUCAUUAAUACCAAUUUACGUGGCCCUUCGCUGUUCCAUAGCAUCACUGUCGCAAAUUGUAGCGCCUUUAUUUAUGGCGAAGGAUUUGUAGAGGCUAUGAAUGACAUUUCAAAGGAACUUCCGUCAAAUAUUGCCUUGUAUCAAUUCAAUAACGAGGCCAAUAAGCCGGUCAAUGGCACCGCAAAGGAUUUGACAACAUUGUUGGAUGCUGCUCCUAAGGAUAAAUUACCCGCUUCAGUGGACCGUCCAAAUCAUCACGACAAACUGGUUUAUAUUUAUACAUCGGGUACUACUGGUUUACCUAAGGCUGCUGUUAUCUCUCAUUCUCGUUACCUAUUCAUUGCUGCUGGCAUUCACUUCACUUUGGGUUUCCAACAGAACGAUAUUUUCUAUACACCACUGCCUUUGUAUCACACAGCUGGCGGUAUUAUGAGCAUGGGUCAGGCAAUGAUAUUUGGAUCAACGGUUGCUAUACGUAAGAAGUUUUCAGCUUCCGGCUAUUUUGCUGAUUGUGUCAAAUUUAAUUGCACGAUUGGCCAAUAUAUUGGUGAAAUGGCUCGUUAUAUUUUGGCCACCCCUCCAUCGGAAAAUGAUCGCAAACAUAAGGUUCGUCUGAUUUUCGGCAAUGGUCUACGUCCUCAAAUAUGGCCACAGUUCGUUGAACGUUUCAAUAUUGCCAAGGUUGGUGAGUUUUAUGGUGCCACCGAAGGUAACGCAAACAUUAUGAAUCACGACAACACAGUCGGUGCUAUUGGUUUUGUCUCCCGAAUUCUGCCCCAAAUUUAUCCCAUUUCGAUUAUUCGUGCUGAUCCCGACUCCGGUGAACCCAUUCGUGGUCCCGAUGGACUCUGUCAGUUGUGCAAACCGAAUGAACCUGGUGUUUUCAUUGGUAAAAUCAUCAAAGGCAACCCGUCCAGGGAAUUCUUGGGUUAUGUGGAUGAAAAAGCAUCUGCUAAAAAAGUGGUGUGCGAUGUCUUUAAAAAGGGUGACAUGGCUUUCUUGUCGGGUGAUCUACUGGUGGCCGAUGAAAAAGGUUACUUGUAUUUCAAGGAUCGCACAGGAGACACUUUCCGUUGGAAGGGCGAAAAUGUAUCCACUAGUGAAGUUGAGGCUCAAGUCAGUAAUGUUGCUGGAUACAAGGACACUAUUGUCUAUGGUGUUAAUAUUCCCAAUACAGAAGGUCGUGCUGGUAUGGCAGCUAUUUACGAUCCAGACCGUCAGGUUGAUCUUGACAAUUUUAGCCAGAACUUGGCUAAAGUUUUACCUGCUUAUGCCAGGCCACAAUUCUUACGUUUCCUCACAAAAAUUGAUCUUACCGGUACAUUUAAGUUGCGCAAAGUCGAUCUGCAAAAGGAAGGCUACGAUCCACAUAAAAUCAGUGAUGUUCUAUACUAUCAAAAGCCGAAUGGCAAAUACGAGCCACUUACCAAAGACAUUUAUGACAAAAUCUGCAGAAAUGAAAUGAGGUUCUAAGAAUAUAUGAUGUACGACGCUGCUCGUCGGUUUUUUUGGGUUUCUUGUUAUUUAAUUAUUAGACGAAUUUGUUAAUGACUUUUAGCAUUUCUACUCUACUCUUCUUGUUUCUAGUUCUAGUAAUAAAGGCGGAAGUGGAAUUCUGGUUUUCGUAUGUAUUUGCGGGAAAUAGACUAUUAAAAUAAAUUUAAUUUUUGUAUACGUGUGUAAUUAAUUUUGAUAUUGUUUUUCUAUUCUAGUAUUUGUUUUGUUAUAACUUUAUUUCAUUAGUUUUGUAUCUUUAAAACAAAUCUUAUCUAAGUGUAAAUUAAUUAUUACUAUUUUAUUGUAAUAUGUAUUUGUAAAUUGUUUAUUGAUUUUUACUUAUAUAAUAAGUUUAAUCGUGAUACGUUUUUUUUGUGCUACUGAUCCUCCAAAACGAGUCUUUGGUUUCUAUAUAUUUAUUUCCUAUUACAUAUAAAUUAAAACAAAUAAAAACACUAUAAAGACUUUAAAGCAUUAAAUCAUAAUCCUUACCCACCCGUAUCUUUCCAGAAUAUCGUUCAUAAGAACUUUAUAUUCCAUUGUGCAAUUGUACAUUUGUACAAUAAUACAGAUUCUUUGCUUAGUUUACAACAACUCCAACAAAACUAUCAUUACUUUUAUUUAUAAAUACUUUUUCGUAGCAUUCAGAAAAUAUUUUAAUUGAAUUUUGUCUUUUUAAAAUUCAUUACAAAAUAUUUGAAAAAGUAUUAUAAAUGAGCAAACAGCAUUUUUAUUUAACAUUAUUUUGUAUGUACAAUGUAUUUAGAUUUAACAAAUAAUUAAAUCAAAUUUAUAUGUAUUAGUAUAAAUAUAUUUGGUUUAUUUAGCUAUCAAUUGUUAUAAAUUGUAUACAACUAUUAUUUUUGUUCACACACUUACAUACUGCAUAUAUUUUAUUUGUUUUAAUUAAAUGAAACCUGGGGCCGAAUUAACGCAUUCGAUAUCGCGUAAUCCUGGUCGUAAUUUUCUUAUUUGAGAUUAUGGCAUUCGAUAUCGAGUAAUAAAUUUAGUACAUUUUAUUAUAAUUUCGGUAUUACGAGUGCGGUAAUUCGGCCACUGCACUUUUUUAUCAUUAAAUGACUUAGACUUAAAAUUGUAUAAAAUGGUUUAAUAAAUAUAAAAAAAAAUUCCUCGAAAA